UGUGUUUGCUCGUCCCCAUGAGUCCCUCUCUCCUUCGGCUGCCUUUUUAUCCUUCCAAGACUCGUUUUACGAUCUCCCUCUCUUUAUCCUUGUAUAUAACCAGAGAUGGAUGCAAGGGGAAAAAAAUGAAGGAAAAAAGAGAAACUGUAAUUCUUGAUUGAAUCAAUGUUAACUGUAAUCUUCGUCUUUCUUCUUCUCUUCUGUUCAUCAAAAGUACUUUGUUGUAACCAAAUUGAGCGUGAUGCCCUUCUGUCAUUCUACAACGAAACCUCUACUGCUCCUCCUCUCAAUUGGUCAGCCACAGAUUGUUGCCGAUGGGAAGGUGUAGCCUGUGAAGGGUAUGGCAGUCGGGUCACUCGUUUGUCCUUACCGGGUCGGGCUCUGUCAGGAACCAUCACUCCCUUUCUUGCGAACCUUUCGUUUCUUUCUUACCUGAAUCUUUCCGGCAACCAUCUCUCCGGCUCAUUUCCCCUCACUGUUUUUCGCUCCUUGAAUCGUCUCAGGACUCUUGACUUGAGUUCCAAUCGGUUUUCGGGUCUACUCCAGCCGCCGGAAUUGUCAGGUACCUUCUUGCCCGUUUCCAUCCGGGCUUUGGAUCUAUCCAGCAAUCGCUUUAAUGGGUCCGUAGAUCCUUCGAUUCUUCGCCGGGCCAAGAAUUUGAUCAGCUUCAAUGUCAGCAACAACAGCUUUUCAGGUUUUAAUUCUCUCUCAGGAUGGCUGCCCAACGAUGUUUACAGAGUGAGAACAUUGAAGGAAAUUUCUCUAUCUAACAAUCACUUUUCGGGGCCCAUCAAUGGUAGCAUUGUUCUUCUUUCCGGCCUCAGAGUUCUUGAGCUCCAUGUGAAUGAAUUGAGUGGUGGGCUGCCGAUGGAUAUUGGGUUGCUCUCCAAUUUGGAGCAACUUCAGCUGCACACCAAUAGCCUCAACGGCAGUCUGCCUCCUUCUUUGAUGGACUGCACCAACUUGACAACUCUGCUCUUGAGAAACAAUCGGUUUGGAGGAGAAAUUUCCAGUCUUGAUUUCUCUAAACUCCAGAGAUUACAAGCUAUUGAUUUAGGGAACAACAGCUUUGUGGGAAGAAUUCCGGAUAGCUUGUGCUUGUGCAGGUCAGUGACUGCUGUCCGACUGGCGUACAACGCUCUAGUAGGCGAAAUACCACCUUGCAUGGCUUCACUAAAGUCGCUAACACAUCUCUCAGUUUCGGAUAAUUACCUAUCUAAUGUUGUUGGAGCUUUGAGGACUCUCAGGAAUUGUGAUAAUCUCGCAGUUUUGUUCAUGUCAAGGUGCUUCCAUGAUGAGACGACGAUCACUGAUGAUGACUUAUGGCAUCAAAGUGGCUUCCAAAAUCUGCAAAUCCUGACUCUGGGAGGAUGCAAUCUCACAGGCCAAAUCCCUUCUUGGAUUGCAAAAUUGAGGAACAUCAAAGUCUUGAACCUCUCCUACAACAAAAUUUCAGGGCCAAUUCCAACUUGGGUAGGAGAUAUGCCACACCUGUUUGUCCUCAACCUCACCAAAAACUUCCUGUCCGGAGACCUUUCACCUGAAAUUUGUCGGCUGCCAGCUCUUAUAGCAGAUAAUGCCAGUACCGACUUGAGUUACUUAGCAUUGCCUUUCUUGUUUGACAGCCUCCAAUACAAUCGCCUGUUCAACUUGCCGCGAGGACUCAAAGUUGGGAACAACAGUCUGACUGGCAACAUCCCCGAAGAAUUAGGCCGACUGAAACUUCUCCAUGUUUUGGACCUCAGCAACAACAACUUCAACGGCAGCAUUCCUGAUAAACUGUCCGGUCUCCUUAAUUUGGAGAAGUUGGACAUGUCGGGGAACCAUCUCUCGGGCAAGAUCCCUCAAUCACUAACAGGGCUUCAUUUCUUAUCCUUGUUCAGCGUGGCGUACAACGAUCUUGAAGGAGAAAUUCCGAGUGGGGGUCAGUUUAAUACAUUCCCUGCAGCUUCAUUUGAGGGGAAUCCCAAACUCUGCGGCAAUGUGCUCAAGAGAAACUGUACAGUUGUUACUCAAGUGGAUAUGAUGCCUGAGGAAGAGCCUGAGGUUGAGAGCUCAUGGUAUGAUAUACCUUUUGGGUUGGGAUACUUUGUAGGAUUUUUUGCUGUCAGCGUCACUUUAUUGUUCACUAGUUUCCUGGACAAGUGUUAGGUUAUAACACUAAUUAUGUAGAAACCAGGUGUGUGACUGUGUGUAAUAUAUUAACAUCACAACUAAUUUCCACAUUACUUUACAUCCAA